AUGAAGGUCGAAUUCGCCCCUCGCAACAUCCCGCUGGAGAGAAGGCUCCAAACGGCUGCCGUGCUUCAAUGGGUGUUCAGUUUCUUGUGCCUGGCUCAGUGCUGCAUCGCCGUCUUCAUCUUCCUCCUCUUCACUCGCUUCUGGGUGGUCAGUGCCCUCUACGCUGUCUGGUGGGCCUUCGACUGGGACACCCCAAGCCAAGGUGGGCGGAGAUUCUCCUGCGUCCGGAAUUGCACCCUCUGGCGAUACAUGAAGGAUUAUUUCCCCAUCACGCUGGUGAAGACCGUGGAUUUGGAUCCAUGCAAGAACUACCUCUUUGGCUUUCAUCCCCACGGCAUCCUGGUGGCUGGAGCCUUCGUUAAUUUCUGCACUGAGGCUACCGGCUUUUCCAAACUCUUCCCGGGCCUGACGCCUCACAUGAUGAUGCUGAAUUUGUGGUUUCGAGCUCCCUUUUUCCGGGAUUACUUGAUGAGUGGAGGUUUAAUUCCCUCCGACAAGGAAUCCGGUUCCUAUCUCUUGAGGAAGAAGGAAGGCGGGAAUAUCGUGAUCAUCGCUGUGGGAGGGGCGCAGGAAGCCCUGGACGCCCGCCCCGGCGCAUACACCCUCUUGUUGAAGAAUCGGAAGGGCUUCGUUCGGCUGGCCAUAGAGAAUGGCACGGCGCUCGUUCCCGUGUUCUCCUUUGGAGAGAACGAAUUGUUCGACCAGGUUGAAAACCCCAAAGGGUCUUGGCUGAGGUGGACGCAAGAAUGUUUGCAGAAGAUCAUGGGGAUCUCUCUGCCCCUCUUUCACGCCAGAGGGAUCUUCCAAUACACUUUUGGGGUUAUCCCCUACCGGAAGCCAAUCUACACCGUGGUGGGGAAACCCCUUCAGGUGACGAAGAAGCACAAUCCCAGCCAAGAUGAAGUUGACAAGCUGCAUAAGAGCUACCUGGAGGCUCUCUGCAAGCUGUUUGAGGAGAAUAAAUUGAAGUACAAUGUGCCAGAAGACACACAUCUCUCUUUCAUAUGAGACACCAAAGCCACGAACUUUGGCGACAAAGAACUGAAAACUUUGAAGCCACAAACGA